AUGACGGUGUUGAAGCUUUUUGGAAUCAUCUUUUUCUGUGGCCUCCUCUCACCCUCUCAAGAAGUCUUGUCCGGUCUGUCCUGCGCCAUCAGUCCAGGGGCAAUGCAGAAUGUUCUCUCGGACGCCAUACUUCAGAAUGGACUUCUCCAGCAGCACCUCCAGGGCCUCGUGCUCCCAAACAUCAUGGGUGAAGGGGGUCUGCUGAACUCUCCCACCAGCAUCACUGGCCUACACCUUGUCAAGGUUCGGCUCCCCAAGCUGUCCGUGGUGCUGCUGCCAGGAAUCGGGGUCCAGCUGACCAUCGCUGCCAAGCUGGAGCUCAGCGGCAACUGCUUGGUUGGCCUUCUUUCAGAGCUAAUUGAUAUCUUAGUGGAUGUGAACAUUACUGCAAACAUUAAAUGCACGAAUUUUGAAUCAGGCACAGUCCAGGUCGUCAUUGAAGACUGCCUCUGCAUUCUUGGUGCCGUAAAGAUCAAGCUCCUUUCCAGCUUACUGUCCCUAUCAGUAAAUGAGAUAGUGCUUAACCAGCUGACAGCAACUCUGCCCGGUCUGCUGUGCCCAGUAGUUGAUAUUGUGGUCAACCUUGUGAACAUCCAGCUCCUGGGCACUCUCAACGCGGUGAUCCCAGUCGGUACGGCAGGAACGAUUCACUACCAGCUGGCCAGCCUCCCGUUUACCUCUGGCUUGUUCCUUGGGUUGGAUUUAGACGGUGCAGUGAAGCAGGUGGGAGGCAGCAUCAUCCCCCAUGACUCGUCCCCCUCUGCUUUGCCUCCACUGCUGGACAAGCUUCUGGUCUUGGGACUGCGCCAGAGCUUUCUCAAUGCAGCCCUGUCCCUCCUCAUCCAGAUACCGCCACAGACGUUCACCUGCACGCCAGAAGUCGUGAGUGUAGCAGCACCUGCAUCCACCUCCACGUGUCCCCGAUUCCCACAGUGCUCCACCUGCCAUGGGACCAGUCCUCUGAGCAUUAAGCUAACGUUGUCUGGGAACCCACUCAUCCUCCUGGAAGAAAACAGAGCCACCGUCGAGCUUUCAGUCAUGAUUCAGGUGUUCAUUAACCAUUUAGAUGGAUCCAUCGUCAACCUCCUGCUCCUGAAGGCGGACCUCGGUCUAAACGCCCGCGUGUCGAUCGCCGGAGGCAGACUGGUGCUGGGGCUGUCCCUGGGCAGCACUUCCCUCUCCUUGGAGUCCUCAGAUGUUGGCAUCAGUAACAUCUUGAACUUGAAGCCACACUGCAGCAAUCUGCUGGCGGAAACGUUAUUGCCCCUUAUCAACGGUGCUCUGGGCAUCGGGAUACCUCUGCCAAACGUGCUGGGCAUUCCCUUAGUAAAGGUGGAUAUUCAGAUACUAGCG